UAUCCUGCUCUUGGGUGAGAGCAAAGAAAGUUUGUAGAGGGCUCAACUGAGUAAAAGGCGGGGCACCUAGGAUAAUGACUGGGUGUGGCCCCGCCAGCCCUGGGAGUGGUCCCUGGCCCCACUCCACCCCUGGCCGCCGAUAGAGCAUCUCCUGUCUAGCCAGGACAGAUUGUAGAGAGACCCAGGAGACAGCAGGAUGAAAGCCCACGAGGGUCCUUUCGGUGGCAAGUGCUCCCAAGCCCUCCUGGAGGUGCAGGACCCAGCCUGCCUGCAUCCCUGGUGGUAUCUUUCAGAAUUCAGUCUCCUGGCGGCGUAGCCCAUCCUGAUGGCGGGGAACAAAGGAAGAGGGCGGGCUGCCUACACCUUUAACAUCGAGGCUGUGGGCUUCAGCAGAGGUGAGAAGCUGCCUGACGUGGUGCUGAAGCCACCCCCCGUGUUUCCCGAUACAGAUUAUAAGCCAGUGCCACUGAAAACAGGGGAAGGUGAAGAUUACAUGCUGGCCUUGAAACAGGAGCUGAGAGAAACAAUGAAAAGGAUGCCUUAUUUCAUUGAGCCGCCCGAAGAGAAGCAAGACAUUGAAAGGUACAGUAAAAGAUGUAUGAAGGUAUACAAAGAAGAGUGGAUACCAGAUUGGAGAAGAUUUCCAAGAGAGAUGAUGCCAAGGAAAAAAUGCAAAAAAGCAGGCCCAAAAUCCAAAAAGGAGAAAGCUACUGGCCAAGGCACUGCCCUCACUUCUACUGCAGACGUCUUGAAAAAAAUUGAGGAACUGGAGAAGAGAGGCGAUGGUGAGAAAUCAGAUGAGGAAAACGAAGAGAGAGAAGGCAGCAAAGAGAAGGGUAAAGAUGGCGACGAUGAGGACGACGAAGAAGCUGCGGAGCAGGAGGAGUACGACGAAGAAGAGCAGGAGGAGGAAAAUGACUACAUUAACUCAUACUUCGACAAUGGAGACGAUUUUGGCGUAGACAGCGACGACAACAUGGAUGAAGCAACCUACUAGCCGUGAAGUUCGUCAGAAAAUGUUCUUAGGAUGCGGCUUCUCAGCAUUCAGACUUGAUUUUUUUUUUUUUUUUUUUAAUUUCUGAUAAGGAGUGAAAGCCUGUUUUACUUUUGUUAUCUUUUGGUUAGACAGUUACUAAUACUCGUAACCAAAACAUUCAGAACCACUUUACUGUAGUAGUAGUUACCGUGUACAAAUGAGUCUCUGACACGCCAACAUUCCUUCUAGAUACCUCUGCCAUUCCUAUAGGUUUUCUCAUGGAUUGACUUUUGUUAAUGCCUAAUGAGUUUUUGCAUCUCUUAAUCGAUGCAUCCAUACUUGAACAAACCGUUCUUGUUUAACUGCUGAUCUUUUGUACAAAUAUGAUUUGUCAUAAUGGAUUUCUAUAAUCUGCAAAUUGAUUUAAUACAGCACAUAGAGCACUUUAAAAAAAACAACAGAAACUUGAAAAUAAUUUUAUUUUCUACUUGUACAUGGUAUGUUCCAUACCACUACAUUAAUGACAACAUUAACCCACCUAAGCUGUAAACAUGUAUGAACUUCAAAGAGGUUAGAAGUUUUGUGAUUGAAAACAUCCCCAUGGGAAGACAGGCCACUCUGAGCAAGUUUAUGGGAGAGAGAAUUAAAAGCUUUUUUUGGUGGAAAAUAUUUUUGAAGUUGUACAUACAUGAAAUUAACCACCCCACUGUAGUAAGUUUAACAUCUUCGAAUAGUUGGGCUCAUGGAGAAUGAAAGUGAGACAUCUUAGUUUUGUACUUUACCUAAGUAUGGAGUACUGGUCGCGCUGCGGAAUGCAUGUGUAUGAACCCUGACGCGCCCGGGCCUCUCGGGUCCCAUCACCACACAGAAUGAACUCAGGUCAUUUUCAAAUGAACUUGUUUGUGUGACUUCAAAGCUAGCCCCAACCCCAGCCUUUAUCUAUUUUGAGGGAGCACACCCCCAAACUGCAGCCUCCAAAGACUCACAGAUGCCAAAGAUUUUCAAGGGAGCUCGUAUUUCAAAGACAAUUUAUAUUACUCACCAAAUGCAAUCAAACUCUUUUUCCUCCUUUGGGGAGCUAUCACCUGUUACCCUCUAACCCAAGAGGCAGAGCCACCUGUGCUGUGAAACUCAGCCUCAAAACUGAGUUUGGCCAAGUUCUGUGCCUUAGUUUCUCUUGUAAAUGAUGUCAUGUAAAAACCGCAUACCCAUGAACCAAGGUCUACCAAAUGCAGAGAUGAUUGCUCUAAGUUUGGUUGUCACCCUCUGAGACAAUUAGAGUUUGGGAAGUAACCAAAAGCAUGUUUUCUUCACAAAGAUGUAUGAUAAUCUGAUUUUCCCAUCUUGCAUUUGUGGGGAAAACUGGAGCGAAUUUGUAUCACCUUGUGCCAUUUUGCAACACGACUUUCUCAGGACAAAGACCACUUCCAAUGGCAGUGCUUCCUUCAGUGAUUCAGAUGGGUGUGUGAGGCCCCCCCCCCCAUCUUAUCAGGUUAGUGCUGUGUUGAUCCUAUGUGAACUCCUUCUUGUGUAAGCAAAAUUGUCAAAAAUGUUUAAAAUAGGCUAUUUUUAAAGCAGCCAUCUACUUACUGUACAUAAUGAAAACCCCACAUGGGGUUUUCAGUAGUAAUGAGAUGGUGUUGUCAUAUGGGAACAUUCAUUAACACAGGUGUUUCGUCCUGUCACCUUAUACCAGAAUCAAGUACCAGUUCUGGUUAAAUGCUUUAUUAUCCAUCUGCAGGUAACGGCUUCCACCAGGCAAAUGCAAUGAAGAUGAAGGUGUUUCUUUUCCUAGCUUUCAGUUUGCCAUCAUUUUCGUCCUGUGUACAGUAGGGCAGCCAGGGCCAUCCACUCCCCCUCUGGAAGCUCUUUUUAGUUUUACAGCAUAUGAAAGGUGAGAACAGGCAUGAUUUGCAGGCUGCUUACAGUAAGACUGUGAAGUGAUUCCACAGGAAGGCAGACGUCGUUUUGCAGAGACAACCUCUUCCGUGUAAAAACGUAUUGUUGGUGUAGUGUCUUUAAAACUGUUACAAGCGGAAGUGUUCGGUUGCCAUGAUGCUUAUUUUUCUGUAUUUGUUUACACAUUAAAUUCUUACAAAACAGA